GGAGAUUGAUAUUGCGCUUCCAGCGCUGAACGCGCGCGCAGGCGCGUCAGCGAGAAAGAAGGUCGGCGGGCCGCCCGGCCGCUGGCGUAAGGCACAUUGGUGAAUGGCGUAGCGGGAGGAGGCCGUGGCGGCGGUCGUAGAAGGAGCGCUGGUCGCCAAAGGCAGCCAGCGAGGAGCCGCCGCCGCCGCAGCACUGCGGAGUGGGAGGAGGAGGCGGCGCCCGCGCGCGCGGCGGUUUGGUACCGAGCGGAGAGGGAGAUGCACACGGCACACUCGGGCUGAGAAAAUAGAAAUGAAGGUACACAUGCACACACAGUUCUGCCUCAUUUGUUUGCUGACGUUUGUCUUUCAUCAGUGCCAUCAUUGUCAUGGAGAUGGACACGACCAUAGUGCUGAAAAAAGCAACGCUAGUCAUGACCACAAUUACUACCAGAUCUCAGAUAUACCAUAUCUCCAGAACGGAAGAACGGAAUCAGCGCCAAAUAAGCAAGCUGAAGAUGAGCAGAAAUACUACAUUGAAAAACUCUUUGAGCGCUACGGCGAAAAUGGGAGACUGUCCUUUUUUGGUCUGGAGAAGCUGCUAACAAAUCUGGGUCUGGGUGAAAUCAAAGUGGUGGAAAUUAAUCAUGAGGACAUUGGCCACGAUUAUGUUUCUCACUUGGACGCCAUAGAGGUACAGGAAGGAAAGCAUUCUCAUUCCCACGGCCAUUCUCAUUCUCACGGCCAUUCGAGCUCGGAAAACCAGACUGUGAAUGAAGGGUCAGCCAAAAGAAAGCAGAAGUGUCACCCUGAAAAAGAAAUCAUGAAGCCAUCUUUGAAACCUGAUGGAAAGCACCCUCAUGAUCAGAACAAUCACUGGCACCGUGUGCAUCGCCACCGACACCACCCGCACCACCACCUCAACCAUAACGGUACUCAUCAUCCGCAUAACGAUUCCAUCCAUCCCACCAGCGAUCACGGGGAGCCCAGCCACGAGCCUUCCACUGAAACCAACACGACUCAAGAACAGCCUGAAGGAAAACCGUGCAAACACAGGAAAAAGUGCGGGGACAAAAAAAAGAGCAGCGAGGUUUUGAUCGACCCGGUGCAAGGCCGUGCGAGAUACCGACAUACCAGUAAGCGGGAAGCGUCUCACAAGCAGAAUAGUGUGGGGAAGCAUGACAUUCAUUCACCACAUAACCACAAGGACCAUAACGAAGAUGAUCACCAUCAUGAAGAGUGUCUCAAUGUCACCCAGCUGCUCAGGCAUUACGGUCUUCGCGCCAAUGCUCCCAUCUCUCACAGCUUCUUUACCUACCUGUGUCCCGCCCUGCUGUACCAGAUUGACAGGAGACUUUGCAUUGAGCACUAUGAAGAUGUGGUGGUUGAAGACUUUAGUAAAGGUCAAAAUGCAUCUCUUGGGAAUAUGGAGAAAACAGGAGCAUCAGCCUGGAUUUGUGGCAUCAUUUCUAUCACCGUCAUUAGCCUGCUGUCCUUGCUGGGUGUGAUCUUGAUUCCCAUAAUUAACCAAGGGUGCUUCAAAUUUCUCCUCACCUUCCUGGUUGCUCUUGCAGUAGGAACCAUGAGCGGAGAUGCACUCCUUCAUCUGCUCCCACAUUCACAGGGGGCACACAACCACAGUCAUCACGAGGGCCAGGGUCACCAGCAUGAACACCAGCAUGUCCAUGGCCAUUCUCAUGGGCACAGAGAAAUGGCCCAGAGCUUCCUAGACGAGUACGAUGCUGUCCUCAAAGGCCUCGUGGCGCUGGGUGGAAUUUAUCUUCUGUUCAUCAUCGAACACUGCAUCAGAAUGUUCAAGCACUACAAGAAACAAAGGAGUAAACAGAAAUGGUGUAAGAAAAAACAGAAGGCUGACGAGUCACCAGUUGGGAGGAAGCUUUCAGAUCACAAGCUGAACAGGCCUGAUACGGACUGGCUUCAGCUCAAGCCUCUCGCUGGAGCAGAUGAUUCUGUUUUAUCUGAGGAUCGACUUAACGAAACUGAACUGACUGACCUUGACGGCCAGUUUGACAACUUGCCCAAGGCCUUCCUCUCUGCCGAAGAAGAGAACAGCAUGCUCCAUUCCCCCAACGAUGUCUCCCGUGUCGUUCGGGGUAACAAUUUCCCGGAUGUGGAGUUUGCGAGCAACCAUCGAGAGGAGAAGAUCCUAGUGAGGAAACACAACCACCUCUGGCCGCACAAACACUCUCAUCAUUCUCACGGACACUGCCAUUCCAGCAAAGACCUCAAAGAUACUGGAAUAGCCAACAUAGCUUGGAUGGUGAUCAUGGGAGAUGGCAUCCACAAUUUUAGCGAUGGUUUGGCCAUUGGAGCAGCUUUCAGUGCUGGCUUGACGGGAGGAAUCAGCACUUCUAUAGCAGUAUUUUGCCACGAACUUCCCCAUGAACUAGGGGACUUUGCUGUGCUUCUGAAAGCAGGCAUGACUGUGAAGCAGGCCAUUGUUUACAACCUCCUCUCAGCCAUGAUGGCUUACGUAGGAAUGCUCAUAGGAACAGCUGUGGGGCAGUACGCCAAUAACAUCACUCUCUGGAUCUUUGCCAUCACUGCCGGCAUGUUCCUCUAUGUUGCCCUGGUGGAUAUGCUUCCCGAGAUGCUUCAUGGGGACGGUGACAACGAAGAGCACGGCUACUGUCCGGUCGGGCAGUUCAUCCUCCAAAACUUAGGGCUGGUCCUGGGGUUUGCCAUUAUGCUGGUGAUUGCCCUUUAUGAAGACAAAAUAGUGUUGGACAUCCAGUUUUGAUCAUUUGCAGUAUGUCACUGUGGUUACAACCAUGUUUACCGUUACAGCUUUCGGUCUGCGCUGUUGUGCCGUGUGCGCGUUUGUUCCCUGGCAGAGCAGUGGGGUGUUCACUGCUUCACAAGUAACAGUAUUCACAUAAACACAAGGUCCUGCUUUCUAGCUCAGACAGAUACACUCAUGCGCGCGCACACACAGAAGGCUUGGCAGUUCAGCUUCCCAAAGGUAAGAUCUAGAUUUCAACACAGCAACAACCAGCCUGUAUUGGAAACAGGAGUCAGAAGCACGAUGCAUUGGGUGCUGUGCAUGACGGCAUUUAUUUUUCAGUUUGCCAUUGCAGGAUGCAGCCAAAGUUAGAUCUCUUGCUGGCAAAAAGGCCUUUUGCGUUGCCCGUGAUCCAGUGUGACAUGGACUGCUCUGCCAAUGAGUCCCAAGUUGCGCCAUCCUUGAUGGAUGGCUCAUGGGCUUUGUCAUCACCUCUGAGCCAGUUUUCUCUCCCCGACAUCACCCCAACGCACACACAUAGAGAGACAACAAAAAUAAAUAGAUGCAUGACUGGAGAGCAUUCUGGAUAGGGUUACGUUUUUUAAAAAUAAAUCUAAAAAAAACUUUUCAAGCAUGUGAUUUGUGGAUUGCCUUAGGCAGUAGGAGAAGUGCACUUGGCUGGGCAUUUCCUCUUGGCCUUGACUCCCCCCCCCCUUUAACGUUGGAUCGGCUAUUUUGCACUGUGCUGAAUGGUUGGUGACCAAAGUGAAACAGUCUAAUCUUCUGGUUCAGACUCCCCGACAUCAAGUUUCCUUACCCUUAAGAGUCCUUCCUAAGCAGGACAGCGUCUCAAGUGAAUGGUUCUUGCCCGCUGCCGUAUCUGUGCACGCUGCUGUGGCGGUUUCAGGCUCCCCCGGGAGAGAGGCCCCUAAAGCAAAGAGCCCACCUCCCUGGAGCUUGGUCAGGCCAAGAAAGCAGGCUUCCGGUUUCUGCACCAGACCUGAGCAGCUUGGGUUUCGCUGGGGUGGGGUGGGGGUUUGAGAAGUAUUAGGUAUUUGAUGUUAGCUUGUAGAUGCUUGUUAUAGCCGAAUGCCGAAUAGUUGAUACUGCUUAGGAUCUCUCUCUCUCUGUCUCUGUCUCUCUCUAGUCCUGUUGCUGCAGUUGGGUACCCUGCAGCAGUACUACUUGAAGCCUGGACUGAUGAAGCCGCUCGUGCUCCGAGUUUUCUUUCUUUUCCUCCUGUAAUGAAGCACUUGCUUCAGUUGCAACCACCAAAUUCUCUCUCACAUAAUAACCUUAAAAACAAAAAAA